UGACUGAAGCAUGAGCGAUCCUGAGCAAUCUUCAACCUGUAACACACGCCGUGUCUGGAGGAAGAAUUUGGUGGGUUCGAGUAGCAAUGCAAGUGAGGGCAAGAAGGCCAAGUUCCAGCACCCUAAAUGCAAGUGUGGCACCUAUGCAGUCAUGCAACAGUCUGGGACAGCGAAGAACCCAGACAGAAUUUUCCUGGGUUGUUCCAACUAUGGCAUGGAGCAAUGUCACUGCAACUUUUUUGUUUGGCUGGACGAGGUGAUUGCUAAACGUUCUGGCAAUGAAGAUGACAAUGACAUUCAAGGAAGACUGAUGUUGAUGGAGAAAAGGUUGGAGCAAUUGGAAUUCAAGAUUAAAGAUGAAUAUGAAGAAAAAUAA